AUGAGAGGGAAAAGGGGCAGGCCGCCCAAACCGCUAGCAACCGAGGAGCAAUCGCCAGCUCCGGCUACGACCAGGGGCUUGCGGCCGAGGAGGAAUAUCAAGCCCCGUUUCCGGGACAGCGGGGACGAGGAGGUCGAGAGCCCCGUGCGGAAAGCGCCUAAACCGGCCAAGAAAAAGAAAGUGGGAUCUGUCAUCUCGGCGCGAGGCAGGGGACGAGGCAGAGGUGGCCGCGGAGGAAGAGGGGGUCGUGGAGGCAGGAAGGCGCCUGGAACAAAAACCAUAGUUUACGACGACCACGAGAGCGAAGAGGACGACGACGCUGUCAGUUUGCGGUCGGAGGAGGAAGAAGUGGUCGAGGAGGACCCUCGGUCCGAAGAGGACGAGGCCCUCAAGAACGACUCGGACUGUUUGGAUGAUGUACUGGACGAGCAGGAGAAUGAGGAGGAGGAGGUGGAAGAGGAUGCCAGCUACUGUACGGAGAGUAGCUUUCGGAGUCAGAGCACACACGCCAGCACUCCGGGAAAGAAAAAGGUCCAUGCCCCCCGGCCCCGCACCCCCAUUUUGGAGGAGAAAAACAUUCCCUUUCUUGAGCUGCCCAAAUCUUCUGAGGAUCUCCUGGUCCCGUGUGAAGAGCUGCUAAACGCAACCUCUGUCUAUGAGGUGCUUCGGAACUUCAGCAAGGUUCUUCGACUGUCCCCCUUCCGCUUUGAGGACUUUUGCUCGGCACUCAUCAGCCAAGAACAAUGCACUUUAAUCGCCGAGACUCACAUUUCUCUGCUGAAGGCCAUCUUGCAUGAAGAGGAAACCUCCAACACUAGUUUUGGGCCCGCUGACCUCAAGGACAGCGUCAACUCCACUCUGUACUUCAUCGAUGGCAUGACGUGGCCAGAGGUGUUACGGGCCUACUGUGAGAGUGACAAAGAGUAUCACUACGUCCUACCGUAUCAGGAACUGAAUGACUAUCCUUAUGGUCCUGUUGAAAGUAAGAUCAAGGUGCUUCAGUUCUUGGUGAAUCAGUUUCUCACCACCAACGUUGCUCGUGAAGAGCUCAUGUCCGAUGGCGUCAUGCAGUAUGACGACCACUGUCGCAUGUGUCACCGGCUGGGUGACCUGCUCUGCUGUGAGACCUGCUCUGCAGUUUACCACUUAGAAUGUGUAAAGCCACCACUGACCGAGGUUCCGGAAGACGAGUGGCAGUGUGAGAUCUGUGUGGCGCAUCAAGUACCCGGAGUUACGGACUGUGUGACAGAAGCGCAGAAGAACAGGCCUUACAUACGCCAGGAGCCUAUUGGUUAUGACCGCCAUCAGAGGAAAUACUGGUUUCUCAGCAGAAGAAUUAUUAUUGAAGAAGAUGGAGAGCACGAGAAGAAAAAAAUCUGGUACUAUAGCAGCAGAGCCCAGCUCGAGGAGCUCCUAGAGUGCCUGGAUAAGGAGUACUGGGAAAUGGACCUUUGUGCCACUCUGGAGGAGAUGAAGGAGGAAAUUCAAACUCAUAUGGACAUCACAGAAGAACUUACUAAUACAGCUCGUGGAAACAAUAAAGCCUACCUCACUGCUGUCAAUGAGAUAGUCAAGGAACGUUUAAAGAUCAGACGGAAAGCACAGGAGGCAAAUAGGCAAGAAGAGGAAGUGAAGCCACCAGCAGGAACAAGUUCUGGAAAGACAGUGAGUGAUACUGCCAAUGUCACAUCACAGCUUGGAGAUAGAGAGCCAAAAGAUGUCAAACACGAGGACUCAACUACUUCACCAGCAGCAGCCACCAUGCCAACUGUUGCCCAGGAGAGCAUCAUGUCUGAUUCCAGCACAGCCCCACAGGAGUCAACUGAAUUUCCAGAUUCAAAAAUAGCUGCCCAGAGUGGGGAAUCUCCUCCAGUGGUAAAGCUGGAAAGGACAGAUGAAAAUACUAAAGUCACAUCGAGCACUGAAUCCACGCUAGCACAAACACAGGACAAGCAACCAGAAGGAGGUUGUCAGGUCUCUAACAGUGGGACUCCCAGGAAACCAGAGCAGCCUGACCUGUGUGAGAGGUCCUCUCGCUCUUCUUUUACCAGCCAAAAUGGCUCAGAGGACUGUAAGGAAAACCUGAGGAGCAGUAGAGCAAGUGGAUCAGUGCCCGAAACUAUGAAGCCCAGAAAAAGCAAAGAGUCAUCUCCUGCUCCCCCUGAUGAAGAAACAUCCCAUUCCAGCUCUUUGAAAAGUGACUAUGCGUUCAACUUGAACAACCUGUUCAAACUGGGUCAGGAAGGUAAAUAUAGGGUAUACCACAACCAAUACAGCACCAAUACCCUGGCGCUCAACAAGCAUCAGCACCGGGAAGACCACGACAAAAGGCGCCACCUCUCCCACAAGUUCAGCUUGACAACUGCAUCUGAGUUUAAGUGGAAUGGCUCCAUCUACGGAUCCCGGAGCCUGACAAUAACCACCCUGCGUUUCAAUAUCAUCCAGCUGGAGAGCAAUGUCCCGACACCUUUUAUGCACCUUAACUGGGCAUCGCACAGAACCAACUGGAACAAAGCAGUACAAAUGUGCAGCAAAGCGAGAGAAUUUGCUCUGGCAUUGGCCAUACUGGAGUGUGCCAUUAAACCAGUUGUCAUGCUACCUGUGUGGAAAGAGUCUCUCGGACACACAAGGCUACAUCGCAUGACCGCCAUGGAGCGUGAAGAGAAAGAGAAAGUGAAAAAACGGGAGAAAAAACUGGAAGAUGAGGAGUCUCUCCAGCAGGCCACAUGGGUGAAAUAUAGUGUUAACAUCAAACACCAGGUGUGGAAGCAAAAGGGUGAGGAGUACAGAGUGACGGGGUAUGGUGGCUGGAGCUGGGUCAGUAAGACUCGUGUAUUACGUUUUGUUCCCAAGUUACCAGGAAACACCAACACGAACUAUCGUAAAGAACUUGAAGCCAAAGUAAGCAAGGAAAAUUCUGCUUGCACAAAUAAAAAGAAAAAGGCACAGGAUGAAAUGAAGCCCACUCAAAAUACGGCAGAAAACAAGCAGCAGGUUUCCAUAACUGAGCCAGCUCAAACCUCUUCAUCAGAACAAAAAGCAUCAAAAGAGGAAGUGAAGUGCACAGAAGAGGAGCAAGAAAAGGGUGAAAAUAACAAAAUGGAGAUUGAACACAGCCUGAAUACGGCACCUUCAAAUGAGGAAAAGGAAAACGUUGAAAACAAAGGCCCUUCCAUGCCAGCUGUGCAGCCUGUAAAAGAAGAGCCAAUCCAGAAAUUUGACCAGCCCAAAGAGGAGACCGCUGCACUGAAGCCUUUAUAUGACGUUGUCAAUGUGAGUGAAGGAUUCCAUUUGCGGACAAUUUAUAAGCAGAAGGUAAAGCCUUCUAAAUUGGAUGGGCUCUUGGAGCGGCGUGUUAGACAAUUCACCUUGGAAGAGAAGGAGAGACUGGAGCGGUUCAGACAGUCGACUUUCCUGUCAAAAAUGGCUUCUGCAAGGUCUUCUUUAGUCAAGACUGAAGGAACUCCAUCAGCUAAACAGCUGCCUGUCAUGAGUUCAAUUAAAACCGAAGAAAAGCAAGUGAAAAAUCCUGUUGUUAAAAAGCUUGACUUUGAAGAGAAACAUAAUGAGCGCAAAAUAAAUACGGAUGUUGAAUCAAACUCCAAGGCAAUCAACCAAAGCAUAAAGAUGGAAUUCGAUCAUGUGCAUGGCAAUAGCGGAGCUGCUACACCACACAAAGACGUGAAUGGAGAAAUGACUGGAAGCACAGAGAUCAACGGUAAAACCAAUUAUAAAUCCGAAGCAACUGAAAGUCAGGAGAAAACUCAGAAACAAGAGGUGGUGCCAACGGGUGAGAACGUGAAGAAACGUAGCUUUGAGGAAAUGGAGCAAGGCAGUCGGCAGGCUAAUAAGGAGAUCACGGAUGCCGACCAAAGCAAGACCGAUGCCGGGCAGGUUAAUGGAGAAACUGGGAUCAUUGCUGGUUCAAAUCCAGCCCAAAGUGAAAACAAAGAGCUUGUCAAACCUCUAAUGAAUGGAAAUCUCUCCCAAGAUGAUUCUCUAUUCAGCAGUCAUCCACCUCCCCCAAAGAUUCCUAAAUUAGAGAAUCAUGUGGCUAAUACGCGAGAUUCUCAAAAUAUUGCAAGAAAUUAUAAGGAUCCUCUUGUAAAAUCAGAAGAAACAGUGCCUGAUACUUCUCAAAGUUCAACUCUGUCUUCCCUUAAUAGUUUUGACAAUUGCACGAUUACAAAUGAUGCAAAGGCAUCAACACAAAAUGUAUUACAGUCUCAAAAUGCCCCAAUAUCUGCAGCAAAUUGCACAGACUCUUCCACAUCAAACUCUACUAUUAAGACAGGCAUUUCUCAGAAGCCUGCCAGUGCAGGUGUCACUAAUUCAAAGCUGGGCAUCGCCACCUCAACUGCAAACGGUUCCAUGACAAUAAGCAAUGAGUAUUCCACCAGUGACAGAGUCAGUCUUCUCAAGUUUGGCAAAUGUAAGAAGGCGCGAUCGGGCACGGCACUACCAUCCUAUCGCAAAUUUGUCACCAAAAGUAGCAAAAAGAGCAUCUUCGUCCUGCCCAAUGAUGACCUGAAAAGGCUGGCGAGGAGAGGAGGUUUCAGAGAGGUUCCCAUCUUUAACUACAAUGCCAAACCAGCCCUGGAUAUUUGGCCCUACCCCUCGCCUCGGCCUACAUUUGGAAUCACAUGGAGGUACCGUCUUCAGACAGUGAGAUCACUGGCAGGAGUUAGCCUAAUGCUUAGGUUACUCUGGGCCUGUCUAAGGUGGGAUGACAUGGCUGUGAAGCCCUCCGUUGGUGUAGGACUUACAAGGAAAGAAACUACAGACACGGAUAUCACCACAACAGAGAUCAUCAAACGAAGAGAUGUCGGGCCUUACGGCAUCUACUCAGAAUAUUGUAUCAGGAAAAUUAUCUGUCCUCUUGGAAACAAGGACUCUCCUAAAGAAACUCCGACUCCACAAAGGAAAGGUCUGCGAUCAAGUGCUUUGAGGCCCAAAAAACAGGAGCCAACAAAGCCAACUGGACCUAUUGCUGUGGAGACUUGGAUUCCUGAAGAGGACCUUGAGCUGUGGGAGAUCAGAGCCUUUGCAGAAAAAAUGGAGAAAGAGAAAUCACAAGGACCAGAUUCCUCAAAGACUGUCAGUAGCUUUAAGAGUGCGGAAGAUGUCAAGGCGCAUUUGGAGAAUCAGCUUAAACAGACCAGACUGGCUGCCCAGCAGAAACGUUUUGAACAACAAGCCGCAUCCACAGCUGCAACAACAACAACCACCACCACUUCCACUACCACCACUUCAUCCAGCCCUUCAACUUCUGUUAGUACGCCUAUGUCUACCGGACAGAGAACAGUUCCUGCCACAUCGGGGACCAAGAUGGUCUUGGCCUCAAAAUUGGGUUCUCCACUCUCCCUGCAUCAAGACAAGAACUUCCACCAGUCUUUUGCCACGUGGGUCAAACAGGGUCAGCCCAGUAAUAAUACAGGUAAAAUUGUGCAUAUAAAGGAGAACAAAUGCACCAGCAUAUUCCCAUCCGGGCCUCCUGCAAACCUGAGGACGUACAGUACACUGCAUCCUACAACUGGCAAUAUCAACCUCAGAGCUACUAACUCGUCAUCUUCACAACAAAAGGCAAUUCCCAAAUGGGCCAAGGGCAAGUUGGUUCUGCAGCUGUGUCUGGUUCGACUCCUCACAACGCCCGGACAGCGACCAGCAGCUCCCUCCCAGCCAAGUAGACCACAGCAGGGUCAAGUCAAACUCACUAUGGCGCAGCUAAUGCAGUUAACACAGAGUGCUGAGGCAGGAAAUCCAGGCCUGACUGUGGUGAUCCAAGGUCAUGGCCAGACUGAGGGCCAGCUGCAAAUUGUCCCACAGGGCGUAACAGUCAUCCCUGCCGCUGGUCAGCAGCUUAUGCAGGCAGCUAUGCCUAAUGGUCAAGUGCAUCGCUUCCUCUUCACGCCAAUGCCAGCAUCGCCCUCAGUUUCAAGUUCUGCCCCCGUUGCAGCUGUUCCUGCAAAACCUGCUGCAUUACCAAGUCCCCAAACCCAAAUAUCAACUCCUGCUCUAUCGAGAUCCAAUGUCCAGACUACUGCUUCAGCUUUUGCCCAGACCCAAAUGGCAGCCCCAAUCCCAGCUCCAACACAACCCAUUCCACCUCUUUCUCCGCAAAAGAGUCAAAAUUUGGGGACCACCCCAGCCUCUGUCCCUAUACCUACCCAAGUGUCACCCUCUGUUCCUACAACAGUGCACGUUUCUCAACAGGCACCAGUACAAACCAACAUUUUGGCACCUUCACCACAAAUAUCUCCUGUUGCUACCCAGGCUAUGUCACAAACACUAGUUUCAUCGUCCUUAACAGCCUCGUCCCCAGGACAACCUGCAGUUGCAAAGUGUGCGCCUGCUUCACAACAAAAUGCAGGGCAAACUGUUAUUCAGACCCAAAUAUUAGAAAAGACUGGAACAGCAGUGGCUGUGGCUGUUACAGGACAGGUUUCACCUCAAUCCCAGGUCCAGGUGCAAACUUUGCCCACUUCGACAGCCUCUACAACCGCUCCAGUCCAGAUGCAUGUUACUGCCCUUGCCUCUACUUUUGUCCCUCUGUCAGGUAAUACUGCUAUCCAAUUUGCUAAGUCCACCCAAAUGCAGUGCAUUUCAACGGCUGUCCCCUCACCUGUCCAAGUCCCAACAUCGGCCCUCACUCCUGCUUCUUGUCCUGUCAUCGCUGUGGUUUCCAAUCAAAUUGGCGUCCUAUCCUCAGCAAAAGCACUCAGCCAAAUUCACACUGUAGCUGCUCCUCCACUUCCUUCAGCUGCAGCAAAUGCUGUCGUCACACCAGUUACGGCUACAUGCACAACACCUUCAGUGCCAGCGCUAAUAGAGCAAAGGGACACUCAGCCCCAGGUUUGGAAACCAGCUACAUGUGAAGCCCGCAUUCCAGUCCAUUCCGUUCAACAGGCAACCAUUCCCAAUCCACCUGCCCUCAAUCCAGUUCCUACCGGUACUCUGGCAUCAGGUUCCACACCUGUUUCCCCAUUACCACAAGCAUCGCUUUCCCUGCAUGCUCAAGUACAGCACCCUGCAACAGUUUCUGUACAGCAGGUGUCUCAGAUUCCUCUCUCCGCUGUGCAGCUCCAAAUGAAGGGGUUACCAGUCUCCACUGUAGUGACUACAGUUAGACAGCCCCAAGUCCAGCCUUCUGGUCAAGCCCAACAAAUACAACACAUUCAGUCUCCACCUCAUCUCCAGGCACAAGCGCAAAUCCACCCCCAAAUCAGAGUUCAAUUUCAGCCACAAACUCAGCAACCAUCCCAAACCCAAGUACAACAGGUUCCUCAAAUUCAACCCCAGGUCCAAUUUCAGUCUCCAAAGCCAGCCUUGCCUCAGAUUCAAGUUCAACAACCACCAAGAAUCCAACCCCAGUACCAGUCACAGGGACAAGGUGCACCUCAAACACAAUUGCAAACUCAACCUCUAACUCAACAACAGUGUCCAAUCCAAACCCAGGUUCAGGUCCAGUUUCAGCAACAAAAUCAGAUUCACCCUCCAACUCAAGCUUCUCAGCAACCUCAAAUUCAGAGUCCCACACCGAUUAAAAGUCCAAUUCAAACCCAAACUCACUUCAAAGCACAGUCUCCAACCCAGGUUCAAGUCCAGACUCCCCCAGUACCCCAAGUGCAAGGGCAGGUUCAAGUCCAAUUCCAAUCUCCAAACCAAACCCACGUUAAUGCUCAGCCUCAGCUUCAGGUCCAGCCCUCAAUUAGGCAUCAACUCAUUACUCUUCCAGGGAUGCAACAACCAGUACAACUCUUGUCAGCUCUUCCGCCUCAUGUUGCGGCCCAGAUCCAAGCGCAGAUCCAAGCUCAAGCACAGCAGCAAGGUAGCGCAGUUACGCAGCAGAUCAAACUACAACUGCCGAUCCAGAUCCAGCAGACAGGUGGUCAAAUUCAGGGACACCAAAUCCAGAACAUGGUGACGAUACAGGCACCCACAAACCUGCAGGACCAACUGCAUAGGAUGCAACAACAGAGAGACCAGCAGCCACACUCUCAGCAGCAGCAGCAGCACCACCCACUGCAACAGCAACCUACACCACCUAAGAAGAAAAAAUACCACGAAAAGAGGGAGCUAAAGGAUCCAAAUCAGUUGUCUGUGAGCCCGGGAGAUGGUAUUCAUAAACAGGUGGGAGCAAAGCAAAGUGUUACUGCAGAACAGCUGAAGCAGAGGAAAACGCUAGCUGCUGCUGAGCGAGAGGAGAACCAAAGAAUGAUAGUGUGCAACCAGGUGAUGAAAUACAUUUUGGAUAAGAUUGAGAAGGAUGAGAAGCAAGCAGCCAAGAAAAGAAAGAAGGAGGAAGUUGUUGAGCUGAAGCGCUCGAAGCAGAAUGCAACCAAGCUGACUGCAUUGUUGUACAAGCACAAAGAGCAUCUGAAGGCUGAGAUUCUAAAAAAGAGGGCUCUGCUGGAUAAAGACCUUCAGCUGCAAGUGCAAGAGGAGCUGAGGCGGGACAUUGCCAAACUACAGAAAGAAAAGGAGAAAGCUCGAGCCGCUAUCGCCCAGGCCGCGGCAGCAACUGUCAAGUCAUCUUCCCACUCCUCGCAUUCUUCACACUCUUCCCACUCCACACAUUCUUCCCGCCCAUCACACUCAACACAUUCCUCACACAGCAACCGCACAGCAGGGCCAUCUUCCUCAUCGCAUAAGCGUAAACGGGAAGAGGAGCGAGGCAAAGACCGAAACAGGGAUAGGGAGCGGCAUCAUGACAAGAAACGGGAACGCGAACGAGACAAAGACCGGGAUCGGUACAAAGACAGAGAAAAAGACAGAGACCGCGAUCGAGAGAAGGAGAGGAUGAGAGAACGAGAGCAUACUCGACCUCAGGACAGGGAUAAGGUCAGGGAAAGGGAACGAGACAAAGACAGAGAUCCCUUCUCACUAAAACACAAGAAAAAGAAGAAGCAGCUUUCCUCUACCUCAAGGGAUCACAAAAAGGACAAUAAAUUGUACUGUAUCUGUAAAACGCCGUACGAUGAGUCCAAGUUUUACAUAGGGUGUGACCUGUGUUCCAAUUGGUUCCAUGGUGCAUGUGUGGGCAUCACUGAGAAGGAAGCGAAGAAGCUAGAGGACUUUGUGUGUAAUGAUUGUAAACGGGGCCAUGAAGGAGGAAGCAAAGAGGAGCUCUACUGCAUCUGUCGGACACCAUACGAUGAAUCACAGUUUUACAUCGGUUGUGACCGGUGCCAGAACUGGUACCAUGGGCGUUGUGUGGGCAUCCUACAGAGCGAGGCCAAUCACAUCGACGUGUAUGUUUGCCCGCAGUGUCAGUCAACAGAAGACGCCAUGACCGUCUUCACGCCACUUACUGACAAAGAUUAUGAAGGCUUGAAAAGAAUAUUACGCUCCUUACAGUCACACAAGAUGGCAUGGCCUUUCCUUGAACCAGUGGAUCCGCAUGAUGCACCCGAUUAUUAUCGCGUCAUUAAAGAACCAAUGGACUUUUCCACAAUGGAAAGCCGUUUACAAAAGCGGCAUUACCACAAGCUCACUGAGUUUGUGGCUGACGUGACCAAAAUCUUUGACAACUGCCGCUACUACAACCCCAAUGACACGCCCUUCUUUCAGUGUGCGGAGAUGCUGGAAGGCUUCUUUGUACAGAAGCUCAAAUGUUUCAAAGCUGGCAGGUCUCAUAACAACAAGCUACAGUCUACAACCUCUUAG